AUUCUAGGUAACAUCAGUGCCUGAAGACCAAAGUUGGAGGCUGUUUUCAGUGUCUUCCUAGUGGUACCUGAAGUGAACUUCACAGCCCUGAAAGUAGAGUUUUGUUCGCUGUGGUGUUCUGAUAACUUCUCUUCACUAUGCCAAAAAAGAGGGCACCAAAGGGAAAAGGCGGAGCCAAGAAAGCAGAAACCAACGGCACUACCAAUGGUACAACCAAUGGACAAACAAAUGGAGUGAAUGGCAUCAUCGAUGACCUCAACGAUGUCGACAUCAGUGCCAACGCCAGGUCUUGUACAGGUGUAUUAGUCUCACAUCCAGCCAGCUGUGAUCUUAAGAUCAUCAACGUUACGCUGACAUUCCAUGGUGUCGAAUUGUUCCUGGAUUCAAAGAUUGAACUCAAUGCUGGUAGACGGUAUGGUCUACUAGGUCUAAAUGGUUCAGGCAAGUCGACUUUACUGCAUGCAAUAGGGAAGCGUGAAGUACCCAUCCCGCAUCACAUGGACAUCUUCCAUCUAUCAAGGGAGAUGGCCGCCAGCGACAAGACUGCUCUAGAAUGUGUCCUAGAGGUAGACGCUGAGAGGGUACGACUGGAGAAAGAAUCAGAAGAACUGGCACAUUUAGAUGGCCCAGAGGCUGAAGACAGGUUACUGGAUAUCUACGACCGUUUGGAUGAGCUGGACGCUGACAAGGCGGAGGUCAACGCAGGUCGCAUCCUCCACGGUCUCGGCUUCACCAAAGAGAUGAUGCACACAAAGACAAAAGACUUCUCUGGAGGGUGGCGGAUGAGGAUAUCCCUAGCGAGGGCGCUCUUCGUAAAACCCCAUUUAUUACUGCUCGACGAGCCCACAAAUCAUCUCGAUCUAGAAGCUUGCGUGUGGCUUGAGGAAGAAUUGAAAGGGUACAAGAGGAUAUUGGUUCUUAUAUCACACUCACAAGACUUCUUGAAUGGAGUCUGUACAAAUAUACUUCAUGUACAUAAACAGAAAUUAAAUAGCUAUGGAGGUAACUUUGAUUCAUAUGUUAAGACUAGGCUUGAGCAAGAAGAGAAUCAGAUGAAGAAAUACCAGUGGGAACAGGAUCAAAUGGCUCACAUGAAGGAUUAUAUAGCAAGGUUUGGUCACGGAAGUGCCAAACUAGCCAGGCAAGCUCAGAGCAAAGAGAAGACGCUGAGUAAGAUGGUCGCUGCUGGCCUCACAGAGAAAGUAGUAUCAGAUAAGACUAUAUCAUUCUAUUUCCCGGAAUGUGGCAAGGUGCCACCACCUGUGUUGAUGGUUCAGCAUGUAUCCUUCCGCUAUGCAGAUGAUAAGCCCCUAAUCUACAAGGAUCUAGAGUUUGGUCUGGACCUGGAUAGCAGGAUAGCCUUAGUAGGGCCCAACGGGGCCGGCAAGUCCACCCUUCUAAAGCUACUGGUAGGAGAGCUGGUCCCAACCGAUGGACUAGUCAGAAAGAACUCACAUCUUAGGAUAGGAAGGUACCAUCAGCAUCUCCAAGACCUGUUGGAUUUAGACAUGAGUUCAUUGAAUUGGAUGAUGAAAUGUUUCCCACAGAUCAAGGAAAUUGAGGAGAUGAGACGGAUUAUCGGACGGUAUGGGCUCACAGGCAAGCAACAGAUCUGUCCUAUACGUAACCUUUCCGAUGGUCAGCGAUGUCGGGUCAUCUUCGCCUGGCUAGCCUCGCAGUGUCCUCAUCUAUUACUCCUUGACGAACCCACCAACCAUCUCGACAUCGAGACCAUCGAUGCCCUGGCUGACGCCAUCAACGGUUUCGACGGAGGCCUGGUGCUGGUCAGUCACGACUUCCGUCUCAUUAAUCAGGUUGCCAAGGAGAUCUGGGUAUGUGAGAAACAGACCGUGACUCCAUGGAAAGGCGACAUCCUCUCUUACAAGAGCGCCCUCAAGAAGAAGAUCUUGAAAGACGCCGCGAAGGCCGCUGCCAAGGUCGCAGCCAGUGGAAAAUAAUCCCUACCUACAGUAGUCAUAAUACACCAGUGGGCCAUUUCAUAAAGCUGUUCAUAAGUUAAGAGCGACUGGUGAACCCUUCUUACGAGCUAAACCAUCGCCAAUUCAAUAUACCAUUUACCACAAGAAUGGAUCACCAGUCGCUCUUAACUUACGAACAGCUUUAUGAAACACCCGUCAGGGGCCAGUAACACAAACCCUAGUCAUUGAUUGUAGUGCAAUGUAUUAUGAUUGAUUGCUGUGCAUUGACCCUAAAGGUGACCACACACCUUACGAUUGGUCUGCGACUCAAUGUUUAAAUAAAACGUAGUAGAAUUAGAUGCUAAUAUUGAGACUUGGAAUAUCUUACUGUGUAAUGUUCGAAAUCAUUGUACGAAUACCUAUGUUCAAAUCUGUGACUAUGCUAUCAUCCUUCUUAGAAUGAAAGCAAUUUAUUAUCUUAGUCGUAAUGACGCCAUAGCAGUCGUAAGAUUGGGUACGAUUUGAAGCUAAUUUGGCCUAUACUAAAAAAUAAAGGCUUUCAAUCUUUCAAAAUGGUUAUAUAAGUAUUCUUUCAAUUGAUUUUAACCCCAAAUAAAAUGAUGUGUUCUAUUCACAUUUUCAGAAAAUUAGCAAAAUGCGAUUUGUUCCAAAAUCGGAUCGCGAACAGUCGUAAGGUGUGCGGUGGCCUUAAUGCCCAGUCAGUCAUUAUAAUCAGUUGUACAUGUAGUAUCAGUCACUAGGUCUUGUGAUUUGCGACUCUCUAUAUGUUUUCAUUAGGCUGUAAGUUCCGUAUGACUAUAUGAAAUAUUGGAACAUGUUCUUACAUGCUUAAUCAGGGUCAGAUUAUCUAUCUAUCACUCGGCUCUCAGUAGAUUUGAUUUAAUUUAUUUUUGUUAGCAGGCAUUUGGCAUAAAUUAUUGUCCAAAUUUGAUCAGGGUUAUAGGAAAUUCAAGUUUUUUUUUGGAGGGGGUGGGUUAGACCAUAGAAUAUUUAAGGUAUCUCAACUUGCACAAGAAUAUGUUCCAUUUGUUCAUAUAGUUAUGUGUAACUUAAUAACAGCUUUAUGAAACUCCAUUUGGAACCUCUCUAGGUGAUCUUAUCUUGAUCGCUGUACCUGUUUUUGCCUAUAAACAAAGGUUGCAACUUACUAAGAUGGGAGAUCUCCCAGGCUGAUGCAAAAUUUUCUGCUCUCACUUGGGUUUGGAUUUUUUUCCACCCUAGCUGAUGUUGCCUCUAUUAUAUUUUUCUCUUUCUUGAAACAAAAAGUCACAAUAUUUAUCACAGGACAUUUGCACCCCUUUCAUAAACCCCAUUAAAAUGAAUUAGGCGGCUAAUAGCAGCUUAAUUUGGUUGUAAAAUUGGAGGACAAGAGUUAUCCGCAUUACUCUGAUGCUGCUAUUAUCCGCAUAAUAGCGGCAUCGGGAUAAGAUUUUGAGUUUAUGAACGCAUUUCCAAAUAAUGCGGAUAGUUGCCAUGGUGCGGUCACAAGGUCACCGUUUUCCAACACAACCGCAUCGGAGGGGGCGUGUCCAGUUGUCAUGGCGAUUAUCCGCCUUUUUCAGGACGGGCGUUUCGUAAAAAUAAUGCGGCCUAUUUUCGGAGUUUAUGAACGCAAUUUUUAUUGAAUUAUCCGCAUUACUCUUAGGCGGCUAAUUGGAGGAUAGGUUUAUGAAAAGGGUAUUGGAUUUAUCAUGGAUUAAAAAGAACAAGAUGGUAUGAGAGAGAAUAUUAUGUGAAUCCCAAAGCUUAGAGGGCAUUAUUUCACAUCAAGGGAUGGAGUUCCUUUGUUUACAUUAUUAUGUCUCUAUAAAUCAGGCUCCUGUAGGCUUUAUUAUUAUGCAACAUAGUCAAUCUAAAUAUAUAUUGUGUAUCACAAUCUUAUCCCUUCAAAUGUAAAUAACAUAAACACUGCAUUUUGGUAAUGUAAGUGGGUUGAUUUAAAAAAGGCCUUUACGAUUAUGUUGUUGUUAUAAUAAUUUUUUGAAUUACCAGACAUGGUGACAUAUUGGAAGAUCUGAGAAGGGUGAUAAACAUUGUAAUGCAUGGCCCGUUGGUAGAGCAAUUUCAUAACUGAAGUGGCUACCCUCUGUUAAUAAAAUAUUGUUAUUGUUAAGACGUUAAUUAAAUUAGAUAACAAGUACAAAAUUUUUGCCUGGCAUAUGCGAUUUGAAGAACAGAUUUUUUUUUUAAAUGACUAAUAAACCAUAGGAAAGUUUAUAUCUUUAUUCCCCUUUUUCCAUCAUAAAUGUGUGUGCAAGAUGUUUCUUCAGGUUGCAUUAUGCAAGCAUUAUUGUAAAAAUAUACAAACUAAGAAAAAAUAAUGUAUUUAUAUCAUAUUUAUCUACUGCCUCUGAGCAGGAUGUGGUAUUUAUAUUUUAGUUUAAGGUAAAAUUACCUUUGUGUCAAAGGUAUCAUUAUUGAGUGUGCUCUUUCUCCGAAAGACUCAUUACAAAUAUUGAAAUUUGAAUUUCAAUUACUGUGUGUAUCGGAAAGAAUGGCAAGUUGGAGGUUCACAUGAAGAUAAUGCAAACAUACUUAGGAUUAUUAUUAUAGGGUUGCCUUGGAUUAUUUUUUUUGGGGGGGGAGGGGAUGUGGUUUUGUUUGAGAUUUUUUUUAAGGGGAUUGGCCCAAAAGUAAGGAAUAUAUGUACUUGAUGUUCUUGGGGAAAAUUUUGAGUUUUUCUGAUGGAGAGUUGGAGAUAAUGUUCAUCUAUUUAAAUUACCCUUUCAGACAAACUACCAACUCUGUGUUAACAACUAAAACCUCAUUGAAAAUGGUUUUCUGACAGUAUUGUAUAAGUUAAGCGAUUCCUGUGUGUAAGUUGAAAUUUCAGUGCAAAAUUAGAUUGUCAUUAACCAUGUUAUGCAGAUUGUAAAGCAGACUCGCAGAGUAUAAGAACGUCAUUCUCUAUCCAGUUGAUAAUUCACAUAUUUCAUUAAAUCAAAAUUAUAUGGCAACAGGAUUUAAUAUAUGGAAUACUAGUAUAUUUCCUCAAGUAGAUUUUGAAGCACAAAAUUUCCUAGAGCACUGGGUUAACAGACAUCCUAUGAAAUCAUUCAGGGCUCCCAUUUUUUUCACUCCCAAAUAAUAGUUUGCAUGUAUAAUUGUUUUUGCUUGAAUUUAAUGCUUAUGGCAUUAUUUUUGCACAACUAUAGACUUUUUAAUGUGUAGCUAAAUAAUUUGAUUAAAAUUUAUGUUAGCAUGGAAUUAAACCG